GGUACAUACGUGCUAAUAUUGUACAAUAGUCACCUCUGCACCUAAUCCUCUCACAUUUCACAACCUCUGGAUAACAUAAGUGUCAGCAAUGGAUCUAUACAACAAGUUGUCGAGUAAUAUGGAGGAACUUAGUCAUACAUUCCAGAGCCGUAUGACACAAUAUGAAGAAAACUUGAAGAGUUUCUCGCAGCCUGAUGGAAGUACCCAGAGCGUUCAAUCGGCAUUGUCCAAAGACUAUAGUGACUUCAAGAAAUUAAUGUGGAGUACACUGAAGACUAUCAAGGAGCAAAUGGAGCUAUUAUAUCUUGGACUUGACAGGCAUGAAAUGGCUUCCCGCAGGAAAGUCCUUCUCUUCCAUGGUGUACAAGACCCAAAGGAUAAUGUGAAAUCUGCUGUUCUUAAAGUUAUUUCUGAACAGUUAAAACUGGCGGAUAUCUCAUCAGAUGACCUUGUUACAUGUCAUCACCUUGGCUCGGACACAGGUAGGAAGCGACCCUUAUUAGUACGUUUCCAGCAGUAUAAGCAUCGUGAUCUUGUUUGGAAGGCUAAGACGUUGCUCAAGGGUACUGGAUUGACUAUAUCGGAAUUUCUUACAAAGCCUCGACAUGAUGUAUUCAAUGCUGCCCGUGCCCGGUUCGGCGUGAAGAGUAGUUGGACCUCAGAGGGCAAGAUUAUAUUAUUGCUUCCUGACAAAAGUCGACAUAAGAUCGAAACUAUGUCUGAGCUCAAUUUCCUAUUAAAGAAAUUCCCAUCGCAUGUCCCGGAACGGGGGUCUCGAGAGAAGCAGCUUGAUAACGUGAGUGACUCAACUCCUACAAAAAACAUUAAGGCGGGUAGAUCCAGACGCGGUAAUAAGUAAAUAUUACUCUGCUGUUGCUUUACUAUGAC